UUCCCUGUUUUGGGUUGGCCUUGGAUUUGGGGUAAAAGGCCUCGAUCGAGGCGAAGGAAGAGAGAGAGAGAGAGAGAGAGAGAGAGAGAGAGAUAAAGAGAGGGAGAGAGGGAGGGGUGGUUCAAUACUUAACACUUUAUUCUCUUCAAAUUGGAUACUUUGCUGCGCCACUGAGGAACGAGGUUUUGAGAAAUGCGAGUGUGGGUACUACCAUUCCCUCUCAAAUUGAUCUCUUCCCCUGUUGAUUAGCGCCCACAUUGCUUCGUUUUCAUCAAAAAGAUCGAGUUUUGUUCACCACCCAUUGAUCCAAAUCGGUUCAAUCGAAGAAUCCAUCUGGAGAACAGGGUUAAAGGAGCCUCUUUUGCCUUUGAUUUCAUAGUAGCCGAUCUAGGUAGAGUGUUUUGUGGGGUUUUGAUCUGUUUCUAUGUGGAAACAAGUGGGGAAAUAGUGAGUAGUAGUAGAAGAAGAAGUGGGCUUUCCCCCCUCAUUGUCCCUCUUCUUCUUUUUUCUUUUUGUUUUUACUAUUUGGUGAUAAAUAUUUUGGAGAGGUGGGGGGAGGGAGAAAACCAGUUUGGAGCUGUAUGAAGGAGUUGUGAAACAAUGAGAGAUGAGAAUUCAAAGAAAAGCAAGUUGUCCUGGUCCAAGACCCUUGUUAGAAAAUGGUUCAACAUCAGGACCAAAUCUCAGGACUUUCAUGCAGAUUAUGUUGCUGGAAAAGGAGGGAAGGGGGAAUGGAGGACCAGCUUCUCAGAGAGAGAGGCAUGCACAGUGAAAAAAAGCAGGACAGAGAGGUUGCCAAAGAAGUGCGCGGAUCGGCCUCGGCGAGGAAGGAUGGAAUAUGAAGCAGCUCCUGUGAUAGAUACUCAGGAGUAUAGGGUGUUCGUUGCGACAUGGAAUGUAGGCGGGAAGUCGCCGCCGAGUUACUUGAAUCUAGAGGACUGGCUCCUUUCUUCUCCUCCUGCGGAUAUAUACGUUCUUGGGUUCCAGGAAAUCGUUCCUUUGAACGCGGGAAAUGUUCUAGGGACAGAAGAUAAUGGCCCGGCAAAGAAAUGGGUUGCCCUGACUAGACGGACACUUAACAAGCUCCCUGGAACCGCCGUCUACGGCAGCUACCACACUCCUUCCCCUGUUCCCGAUCCUAUCGUGGAGCUCGACGCGGAUUUCGAGGGCUCGUCGAUGAGGCAGAAGAACUCGUCGUUCUUCCACCGCCACUCAUUUCAAUCCCUUAGUCGUAGCUUAAGAAUCGAUGGUGAUAUCAUGGUGCCGCAAGCGAGGCUGGACCGUCGAUUUAGCGUCUGCGACCGGAUCAGCUUUGGGAGUCGACCGAGCGAUUUCGAUGGCAAUUUUAGAUAUAAUGGGUCGUCGGAUGAUGAGAAUAUCGAGGGGGAGUCGCCAAGUACCGUUUUCUUCUCUCCGAUUCCAUAUGGGUAUGGUGCUCCGCCUUCUAUGCAGGAAAUGAAUAUGCAAUCGGGAAACUCCAGGUAUUGCUUAGUGGCCAGUAAGCAGAUGGUCGGGAUAUUUCUCACGAUUUGGGUGCGGAGCGAAAUCCGAGAUGAUGUGAAGAACUUGAAGGUCUCUUGUGUCGGCAGGGGUUUGAUGGGUUAUCUUGGUAACAAGGGCUCGAUAUCAAUCAGCAUGUCGUUGCACCAAACAAGCUUCUGCUUUAUUUGUAGCCACUUGACGUCAGGACAGAAGGAAGGGGACGAGCUGCGGAGGAAUUCGGAUGUAAUGGAGAUUCUGAGGAAGACGAGAUUUCCGCGGGUUCAUGGAGUUGGAGACGAGAAAUCCCCCGAAACAAUUAUGGAACAUGAUCGUAUAAUUUGGCUCGGGGAUUUGAAUUACCGUAUCGCUCUUUCAUAUCGCUCGGCCAAGGCUUUAGUUGAAAUGCACAAUUGGAAGCAACUUUUGGAGAAAGAUCAGCUUCGAAUAGAGCAAAGAUGCGGUCGAGUUUUCACAGGCUGGAGAGAAGGAAGGAUAUAUUUCCCCCCAACAUACAAAUAUUCGAAUAACUCGGAUCGGUAUGCGGGGGACGACAUGCACCCGAAAGAGAAACGGAGAACACCUGCGUGGUGCGACCGGAUUUUAUGGUACGGGAGAGGGCUGAACCAAUUGUCUUAUGUCCGUGGCGAGUCCCGAUUCUCCGACCAUAGGCCAGUGUACAGCACCUUCUCAGCUGAGGUCGAAAUGAUAAGCCGCUGCCGAAUCAGGAAGAACAUGGGUUGUUCGAGUUCGAGGGUAGAGGUUGAAGAACUCUUGCCGUACUCCCAUGGUUAUACCGAUCUCAAUUUCUACAGAUGGGGUUGAACAUCGAGGAUUCAAGGGUGUUCUGCGGGACUUCAAUACGCCGAAUGAGCUGCAGAAAAUUUCUUUCAAGCCUAUAGGUAACAGAGAAGAUUUUGUCCAAAACUAACACAAAGGAAAAAUCUAUGUAAUUUUGCCGCUAACUUCAUAUCCGUCGUCGGGCCCACAAAUUACAGUAAAGAAAGAGUUUCUUAUUCUACAAUAACUUCGUCGCUAACUACAUCACCCGACUUGGUCGAAUCGCCAGUCGAAGCCUUCUAACUAAUUCACAUCGAGCGAAAUCGGUUGAUAGCAGGGAUCAGCCAAUCGACGAAGCCGACACUUAAGAUCAUCCUCGCUUAAUCUCGAGUGAAUAAUCGCGUGCGAGUGGGCUAUUAUGUUGGUACCCUUUUAAUUAUGAUACAUGACAUGAUUCUUCUGAACUAGUUGUAGGGAAUUUGUGAGAAGAGAAUGGAGACUUACAGAAAAAUAAUCAUGUGUACAGCUUUUUUUUGUUUUGAUUUUUUUUUUUUUGUUUUUGUUUGUUAUUUAAUUUGGAAAAGUUUGUAAUGAGCUUUGCAUUGAUACUCAUUGCCCCUGUGUUAAAAGAAUGUAGCCAUUAUGUAUGUUUGCUCAGA